ACAGCAAAGAACGAAUAACUUCAUGAACGAGUUCAUGAAAAUUAUUUCCGGUUGAGAAAGAGAAAGUUGAAUUCGCAAAAAAAAAUUGAGUAAUAGUGAGUGCAUUGAAAAGGAAAACAACAAGGAUGGCGGAUUUAGACUGGGGAGCUGAAGUGGAAUCUCAGGAAAAAUCAUUGACAAGAGAGUCCACAGGAUCAGGUAACCAUGGGAACCAGUCAUUAAACUGGGCAGAGGAGGUGGAGAGAAAUGACUUAUCACAAGAGAUUGACAGAAUAUCAAUAGGUAAAAACACGUCACCCUCGAAACCCUCCAAUGCGCCAGCUCAGAGUGGCCCCACCCAGACAAGUCAGCCACUCCCGAGACCUCUCAACGGGGCAGGGGCAAUGGCUGCUGGCUCAUCACCCAAUCAGGAUGGGGCAGGGGCAUCCGGGGAUAAUGAAGAGAAAGGGACCUCAAAAGAAGAUGCCUCCCUACUCCAGAAGUUGAUUAAUUCGAAGCUUCUCUCCACAAAAGCAAACCUUGAAAUCCUGCAGAAGGAUCCUAACUCUCCACUGUACUCUGUCAAAUCAUUUGAGGCAUUAAAUCUGAAAAAAGAGCUUUUAGAGGGAAUAUAUAAGAUAGGUUACAACACACCGUCAAAAAUCCAGGAAACGGCCCUACCUGUUCUACUAGCAGAUCCACCUGCCAACAUGAUCGCACAGAGUCAGAGUGGGACAGGAAAAACAGCAGCCUUCGUCCUGACCAUGCUGAGCCGGGUGGACACAAGGCUUCACUAUCCACAGUGUCUGUGUAUUGCACCUACUUAUGAAUUAGCUCUACAAAUUGGUCAAAAUGUGGAAGACAUGGGAAAGUGCAUGACAGAUCUGAAAAUCAUAUACGCAGUCCGAGGAGAGAAGUUGGACAGAGGUACAAAACUUGAUGGACAUUUAAUCAUCGGAACCCCGGGGACAGUGUGUGACUGGGCUUUGAAGCUCCGUUUCUUUGACCUGAAAAAGAUCAAUGUUUUCGUGUUGGAUGAAGCAGAUGUAAUGAUUGCUACACAAGGUCACCAAGACCAGUCGAUCAGAAUUCAGAGGGGUUUAAGAAGGGAUUGCCAAAUGUUACUAUUUUCGGCCACAUACGAGGAUGAUGUGAUGAAAUUCGCCCAGGCUGUAAUCCCCAACAGUCCCAUCGUGAUUCGACUCCGGCGAGAAGAACAGUCGCUGGAUAACAUCAAACAGUACUACAUUGAGUGCGCUGACCAGGAGGGGAAAUUCCAAGCCCUGUCCAACAUCUACGGCUCUAUAUCAAUAGGACAGUCUAUGAUAUUUUGUGCUACCAGACGGACAGCGGCCUGGCUAGCAGAGAAGAUGACCAAAGAGGGACAUGCUGUAGGUCUCCUGAGUGGAGAAUUAUCAAUAGAACAAAGGGCAGCCAUCAUCAACCGCUUCAAAGACGCUAAAGAGAAAGUUCUCAUCACCACCAAUGUCACAGCUAGAGGUAUUGAUGUGGAACAAGUGACAGUUGUGGUGAACUUUGACCUCCCUCUCACACAAGAUUUCCGACCAGAUUUCGAGACCUAUCUCCACAGAAUCGGUAGAACGGGUCGGUUUGGUAAAAAGGGCUUGGCAAUAAACAUGGUGGAUGGCAGGCAGUCGUUUUCUACAUUAAAACAGAUCGAGAAAUACUUUGGGCGUAAGGUAGAAAAGCUGGAUGUAGAGGACAUGGAGGAAGUGGAGAAAAUCGGCAGUUAAAACGGAAACUCGGCGAAACUCCACUCCGCAGUGUCCAUUAACUGUGGGGCAUCAGAACUUUAUAGAAAAGACAAUUCACUACUGGAGAGGAUAGACUGCCAAACAUACUCAUCUUAAAGAAUGUGAAUGGACUGGAGAAAAGGACCUCAUUUUACCUGUGAAAAAAAAGAUAGUCAUUUUAUUUCAGUCAAGAAAGAUAUCUUUUUUAUGAUAAUGUUGAUCUGUUGUAUAUUAGUAGGCCAAGUUUUAAUUCAAGGGUACUACAUACUAUUUUAUUGUCCAGUUUUACAAUGCUGUUAGUGAAUGAACUCUUUCAUCGUGUACAAAUGAAAACUUUUUACAGUGACCAUCUUUUUAGCAGUGAUAUAACACCUUCAUUACAUUGAACACAUGCGUCAACAAAGAAUUAGGAUCUCAGAUUUUCUAAGAGCUAAUGAUAUAUGUACAUUGCUGUUGAUUGAUAUGUAAUAAAGAACAUUUCUAAUAUUUGA